CAAUAAGACGCGCGGCCCGCCCCCGGGUGGCCCGGCCCGGCGGCGGCGCUCCCCGUGAGGCGGCGGCGCGGCUCCAGCCCGGUAACCAGCCAAGAGUGUGUGCUGGCCUCUGUAUAAAGCAGCUCUUGAGCCCGUGCUGGGAUUUGUAUGGGUUGUUCCUUUGCUGUAGGAAAGAUGUGUCGCUGUUAGAUGCCAGACCAGCUUCCCUCCAAAAUGGCAAAGUACAGGCUCGUUCUCCUGAGACACGGGGAAGGAGCCUGGACCAAGGAGAAUCGCUUCUGCAGCUGGGUGGACCAGAAGCUGAGCAGCGAUGGCAUAAAGGAAGCUCAGAACUGUGGCAAGCACCUCAAAGCCCUGGGCUUCGAGUUCGACCUCGUGUUCACCUCCGUGCUGAGCCGCUCCAUCCAGACCGCCUGGCUGAUCCUGCAGGAGAUGGGCCAGGAGUGGGUCCCCAUCCAGAGCUCCUGGAGGCUGAACGAGCGGCACUACGGAGCGCUGAUCGGGCUCAACAGGGCGGAGAUGGCUCUGAAUCACGGCGAGGAGCAAGUGAAAAUCUGGAGGAGGAGCUACGACGUCACCCCGCCUCCCAUCUCUGAAUCUCACCCCUACUACGCAGAGAUCUACAACGACCGCCGCUACAAAUGCAGCGACGUCUCCCAGGAGAAUCUCCCGAAGGCUGAAAGUCUCAAAGAUGUGCUUGAAAGACUCCUUCCCUAUUGGAAUGAAAAGAUAGUGCCAGAACUGAAAAGUGGCAAAAUGAUUCUUAUCUCUGCUCAUGGCAACAGCAGCAGGGCGUUGCUGAAGCACGUGGAAGGCAUCUCGGAUGAGGACAUCAUCAAUGUCACCCUCCCCACUGGUGUGCCCAUACUUCUUGAACUCGAUGAGAAUUUGCACCCUCUGGGCCCUCACCAGUUUCUGGGUGAUCAAGAAGCUAUCCAAGCUGCCAUCAAAAAAGUGGAAGAUCAAGGGAAAGUAAAAUCAGCUGAGAAGUUAAAUCCCACUGUCUAGCAGAGCUGUGUUCAGUGUGGUAGUAAGUGACAAUGUGUGUAUGACUGCUAGGUUGCACUGUGUGAAUGUCUCAAUUUCAAGCACUAAAUAAUUGGAAGGGACAAUUGUUGAGCCUCAGGUUGGUAGUUUAACCCCUCUGCCUUUUCAAAAACUGGAAUUUAGAUUGCAGCUUGAGAUUUUUGGUGCUGGAAAGGGAAGAGAUGAUCCAGGUCAUGGAAACUUGCAGGGCAGCCUGCCCCAGAUCCACCACUGAGGGUGGCCCAGUGGAGAAACAAAGGGAUGUGAUAUUGGUGUCUACCAGCAAUCAGUCCUGAUCUGUUAAGGAGAAAAGCACCAGCUUACUGGAGUAAUUUAGUCCAGGAUGUAUAGGCACUAAAACUGUCACUGGAACCAGAUAACUCUGUUACCAACUAUGAUUUUUCUGUGUCACAGCAGCUGUGUCAGUUUGUUCUCAGUGGAUUUCCUUCAGUCUUUCAGAACACCUUCAGCUGGACAACUCUCUGCCUUUGUCAUUUUGAGUCUUCUGUGGGCAGUUCAUGGUCCAGAGAAUUUUGUAGAGAUGUCCUGACUACUAGAGUUAUCAUAGUUGUCUUUUUUUACUCUGUAUUUGGUUUUUAAGGAAUGCAGAUGGAAUCCCCUUUCCUCCACCAUCUUUGCAAAGCCUAGCAUAGCUGCAUUUUGCUGGCUUGCAGUAAUAGGUUUUAAGUCAGAUUUUAGUCCACAAAGGAAGCACAAAGGUUUUCUUCUGCUCAAUUUUUCAAUUAUGUAGCUCCUUGUGAGGCACCUGAAACACUUUGGUAAGGUGUACUAGAGGUUUCAUCACCCUUUAGUCAGUUGAUAAAUAAAUCCUGCUCACCUCAGCAAAAGUGACAUAGGAAAAACCCCUCUAAGCUUUCCUGAGUUGCAAAGGUAAAUGUGUUCCACAGUAACAUUAUCUGUGCCAAAUUCUCUGAAGGGCUGCAAGAGAUGCAUGCAGCAUGUGAGUGUGAGAGGAUUUUUUUUUUUUUUCCUUUUGAAGAGAGCAGUGUGACAGUGUGGUGUGCCUCUGACAGCCUUGCUGACGUGUGGAGCAAGACUUGGCAGGUCUGAUGCCAGCUCACAUUAGAGUAGCACAUACUCCAUAAAAGACUUCUUGCUAGAAGGUAGUUUUUCAAGCAUGAAUGGUGCUUGGGCUUCUCUUUGGUUUUUGUAGCCCUUGCAGUAGAAACAAAGUUACAUGCUUUUCUUUUAAACAUAAAGCUGGUAGGUUUCAUCUUUCUUUGUACAAGAGACAUAUUUCAAUGUUUUUUUGCUUGUUUUGGUUUUUUUUCCCUCUGAAAUGCCAUUAGCAGCUUCUGUCCUACUUGAUUUGAUACUGACUUACUUUCUGGGGUUUUAGUUUCUGUGCUUAGAGGGUAACUCUGAAUCUUAGUUGGUAGUUUACAAGUGAGAGUUACAGUGUUAGAUUGCUGAUCAGCAAAUUUCACCUGUGAAAGCCCUGGGAAGGGUCACUGGCACUCAAGUGAGCAAAUUCUUCCCCAAACAUUAAUGUGUGAAGCUUAAUAUCAAGUAAAUGUUACUGUAGGCUUGUAAACAAGACUAGCAGAGCCACCUGUAGCCAGUGGAACUGCGUGAACCCAGGUGUGUGAGCACACAGGGCAUGCCCACAUCCCUUUGGCAUUGUGGAAUUGUAAUGUGGAAUUGCUUCAGGAUGUGACAUGCAGCUGGAAUGUCCUUGGAAAUGAACCCAGCUGAACUGGGAGACAGGCUCUCUCCUCCCCUUAGAAUCCAUGAUCUCUUCUGUGGGUGGGGAGGGGAAUGGAAAGGUGGAUGAGGGAAUUUAGGGAGCAUUAAUUGCAGCUGAAAUCAUCCUUGGAGUCGUGGCCAGGAAGAAGAGAACACCAGUGUGAUGUUUGCAGGAGGUGCUGUUUCUACAGUCCUCCUUGAGAUGUGAACAGUGACAGUGCUCUGGGAAGUUUGACUUGGUUUCCUUGGGUUGUGGCUCCACAGUGAUGACAGGAUUUUAUGUGCACAUCUGGCAGCAAUAACACCUUGCAAAAGUAUCAAAUGGAACCAACUGGGGAUUUUAUUCUGCUCUUUAGGAUUGUUUUAACACCUUGCAAUUCCAAGGAACCUUUUAUUUAAAAUCCUGAUUCAUAAGCCAUGCCUAUUGAAGAACAGACACCAAGUUCCAAGGUGUCAGACACCAAGAUCUUCAGGCAUAGCUACAUCAGAGGGAAAAAUGAGAAUCCUGCUUGAGAGUUUUGUGGUUGGGAAGCAUUUUUCCCUAUGUUUGAGUGUGCCUCAAAGUUCUAUCAGGUAAAUGGUGUUUUUAAAGUUAACAUAAUGGAUGUUGUUGAUUUGGUUUGUUUUAUGCAUUUUUAACAUGUGGCUCAGCAGUAAUAGCUCUAGAUCCUCUUGAAAACCUUUGUAAAUAUGGUGGAGCUGGCAGGUUCUUUAUAACUCAAUAAAUUCACCUGAAAUAGAAGUUAA